AUGGCCUCUCCCUGCCUCCCUCUCGGCGAGCCUCCUUCACCGAAAUCCCAUGGAGCUGUAUCCUUUACUCGAUCAGGACCAAAAAGAAAUCUCCAUUAUGGCUGGUCCAAGCUUCCUCUAGAUCUCAUGCGAUUGGUCUUUGAACACCUUGGCUUUGCAGAUUUCGAACGAGCUAAAUCCGUUUGUUCAUCUUGGCAAUCCGCUUCGAGACAAUCUAAGCCAAACAAUCGAAUCCCUUGGAUGUUUCUGUUCCCCAAAGACAACAACUACGGUCUCUUGUUCAAUCCCGAAGAAAAAGACAAGGUUUACAAAACUCAAGAUCUCGGCAACGACUUUGCAAAGAGUUAUUGUGUGGCGACUUGUAGAAGCUGGAUUUUGAUGCUUGAUCCCCAAUAUAUAGAUUUUACUCAAGGGAACAUUGAAAACCCUCUAUAUAAUCUUUAUAUUUUAGAUCUUUUAACGUGCGAGAGGGUCAAUCUACCAACACUGGAAUCGUGUUUUGAGCUCAUCGCUCCAGUAUUUUGGAUAGACGAGAAAACCAAAGAUUACUUGGUUAUAGGGAUGAUUAAUUAUGAAUCUGUUGUUUCUUUCAAAAAAGGAGAUACCUCGUGGAAACAAAUCCCCCAGUUAUCAUUGUCAGGUAUCGAGGAGUGUUUUAAUAUGGUAUAUAAAGAUCACAAGCUUUAUUGUCUAAACUAUUUUGAACUCAAGAUUUUUGAUUUCUCUGGAGAAAUUCCUUUGCAAGUUUUCAAAAUUAGAGUACAUGGGUGCGUACAAAUGUUACCGAUGUUUCCUGGAAGAAGCUCUCCAAAUAUCCCUUGGACCCGUAUGAAGCAUAAUGUGGAGAUAUCUUAA